AAGAAGAAGUAAAAAGACACAAAACAAUGGAGGCGCAAACACAUCAUCCAUGGGCGAAGUUUAUUGAUUUUUAUUUUAGUAUUGGCCCGACAUAUGAAGAUAUUAAAUCGGUUCUUGGCCGCAGUCAUGGAUUUGACAUUAGUGAGAGACAUUUAAAAAGAAUUCUCAGGGCAAGGGGACUUUCUCGUCGUAAAGAAUACAGUGAACUUGCGGUCCUGGUGGAAUUCAUCAGUGAUGAACUACAGUUCUCAGGUCAGCUUCACGGGUACCGGUGGAUGUACGCAAAGUGCAGAGAGCAUGGACUACGCGUUAGGAAGGAGGAUGUGCGGUUGGUGCUGAAGGAGCUGGAUCCUAGAGGAGUGUAUUUAAGGCAAGCAAGACGCUUAAGACGACGGAGCUACUUUUCGCGAGGGCCUAACUUCAUUUGGCACAUGGACAGCUAUGACAAGCUGAAGCCAUAUGGCUUUUGUAUCAAUGGAAGCAUAGACGGUUUUUCGAGAAAAAUCAUCUGGUUUAAUGUCUAUACCACGAGUAGUGACCCAAAGUUGAUCGGUGGUUAUUACGUUGAUGCAGUCCAACGUUUGGGGGGCUGCCCUAGGAUUGUGAGAGGCGAUCUCGGGACCGAAAACGGCCAUGUUAGAGGCUUUCAGCGGUUCCUCGUCCCGAUUCAUCCAGACGGCACUGUUGAUAGCUACCUGGAGGGAGCAAGCACCACCAAUCAGAGGAUCGAGUGUUGGUGGGGUUUUCUGCCCAACCAGUGUGUGGAGUUCUGGAUGUCCUUGUUUGCAGACAUCAGAGACAAUGUAUUUUUUGAUGGCGGGUUUCUAGACAAGGCUAUCCUUCAGUUUUGUUGCAUGGGACUGAUCCAGGAUGAACUGGAUGACACUGUCCAUGUUUGGAAUGCACACACCAUCAGACCAUCGAAAAACAUCAGUGUCCCCAGUGGUAGACCCAAUGUGAUGUAUGCCUUGCCACAACUCUGUGGGACCAGAGACUUUCUUUCCCUUGUUGAAGAUGAACAUAUUCAGUUGUGCAAAGAUGAAUGUGUUUUUCGGCAGCCAAUACCAUGUGAUCCAGAUGUGUAUGAACUAUGCAACAUCUCAAUGGCGGAGUCACAUCUGACUCUACCAAGAGAUCCUUAUCAGGCUGUGAACCUGUACAGGCACCUAAGAGAGGCCAUCACUGCAGCUAUUUAAGUCAGGAAUAUUUCAAUAUGCCCUGUAGGGGAACAAUUAAUCCCCAACCAUUUUGAUAGCUGAUUAUUCAUUUAAGUUAUUUCUUUUUGUAAAAUUUCACAAAAUGUUUCUAUGUCUUAAAUGGGAAUAACUGUCA